AUGUGGAGAAAAAUUAAUUCAAAACUUGAAGCAAAGUUUGGAUAUGACAAAUAUCUAAAUACUCAAAUUGAUAAAGAUGAAAAAUUUAAAUAUUUGAAAUUGAUUCAUAUACUUCAGUAUUGGAAAUACGCUAAAAAAUUUCCAAUUAGAUGGAAGCCCAAUUGGGAAUUAAUUGCAAAUGCAUUACUUAAUAGCGAACUAAUAAACCAAGAACUUCAAUCUACAAAUAUUACUGAUUUCAAAGAAAAUUCAAUUUCUUUCAGUAAUGACUUAAAAUCAAUUGAACAAGAAUUUGCUUUAUACAAAGACAGAGAAAAUAAAAUUAAACAUUUUCAUUUAGAAAUCAAGUUAGCUGCAAUAUAUAAUUUUAUUAAUCUCGCAAAAGGAUAUAUUGCAUUAUUAAAUUUCAUUAAAAGGAGCACCCCAGAUAACAAAAAAAGCGCAAGUUUAGAAGUUAAAAUUUCUGAAGCAGUUCCUUUAGACAAAAAUGCAAAAUUCAAAUCAAUUAGACAAUGGAUAAGAGCUAGAGUUAUGAAUAUGCUUGGAAUUAAGGCGACAAGAUAUGAGACCAAAAUAUGGACUAGAUUAAUUAGGAUCAUCUUUAUUUUAAAGAACAAAAUUGCAACUAUUGAAGCUCUUGCUCAAGCCAAUGCCUCUCCAUGGUUUUUCAAAACGAUAUCUAACCCAGAAUUCAACAAAUUUUUAGAAAAGAUAACGAACGGAAAGUAUAUUUUUGUUAUUAAUGAAGAAUUUGAUAAUUCUUUAAAAUUUAUUGAAGGUAUUAAAAUUUUUUUUGCUACAUCGUAA